AUGCCCCGCCACGUCCUAUCUGCCAUCUUCCGUGACGAAGAAAAGGAGAGCAUCGCCGCCGACCUGAACUUUAUGAACUCCGUCAUUAGCGGCUACACUUCCAACCCUGUCCACACAGCAAUCCCUGCUGGUACCGCCUACGAGGUCGACUAUGAGGUCGAGAUUGCGCCUGGCAAGGAGAUCGACCACAAAGAGCUUGGACCGUUCAGACCCUCGAAAGCAGAGAUCAACCAGGCCCUAGCCUACAUCGACGACGUCAAACAGCAAGCGAGCUCAGAUCAGCGCACCACCGUCCGCCCAGGACCAAGGUCUCCAAGGUCGCUUCGGACGAACGAACUGUGA